CCAUACCUUGUUUAUAAGCACCUCCAACAGGAGAAAGAGAACAAUUAUUCUAAAGCAAAGAAAACAAAAGAAGAAGAGAAGACCAGAGAGAAUUCUUUAGGGAAAGAAGAGUUUUUUCUCUAGAGAUAGAGGAUGCAAACACAGAGGCAGACUUGGGAGCAACAACAACAACAACAAGGACAGAUGCAGAGGGUGAAGACUUCAGGAAUUAUUGGCAGUGAAAGCCCUCCAAGGGAAGACAAAGAUGAAGAUAUGUCUAGAUCUGCUCUCACAACUUUUAGAGCCAAAGAAGAAGAGAUUGAGAGGAAGAAGAUGGAAGUAAGGGAGAAGGUCCAGGCACAAUUAGGUCGUGUUGAAGAGGAAACCAAACGAUUAGCAGAGAUCCGAGGAGAGCUUGAAGCAAUGGCGGAUCCAAUGAGGAAGGAUGUUUCUUCAAUACGUAAAAAGAUUGAUACUGUGAACCGAGAGUUAAAACCACUUGGACAAAGCUGCCAAAAGAAGGAGAAAGAAUACAAAGAGGCCCUUGAAGCUUUCAAUGAAAAGAACAAGGAGAAAGCUCAAUUAAUUACAAAACUAAUGGAGGUGAAUACAGUAAGCUGUCCUGAUAAGAAACAAAUAGUUUUUUGUUUUUUUUUGUUUUGUUUUUUUUUUUUGUUUUUUCCAAUGAGUGUGUCCCGAUCUUUGGCCCAGUUGUUCUCUUAUACGCACCCCACAAAUAGUGAUGAAAGCAGAUUUUUUAUGCUGUGA